ACUGAGCACUUCCUUGUUAGUCAGACACAGAAGAGGCUGAUCCUGAAUAUCUCUUCUAAUUGAAUUGUGGAUAUUCUUGUUUUAUGGGCAGUGUUUAGCAUUAUUGCAAGCAUGUGGCUUGGUGUGGUGUUCAUUUUUCCCAAACUUGUCAUUAGCUUCAAAAGUAAGCAGUGUGAUGAGAUUACAGAGAGGACUUUCACACGUUAAAAGAAGCAAGGAGAAGGGCUUGUUUUUAAAGGAGCAGACAUAAUAAAAAAGAAGAUCUGCUGUAGCCAUGGCGUCUGAUGCCAGUCACAUGCUUGAGGCGGCUCUAGAACAAAUGGAUGACAUUAUAGCAGGUACAAAGGCCGUUACAGAGUAUGCGAAUGGAGUCUUUGAAGUUGGGUCUGAAAUCACAGUGGAAUACUUUGGCAGUAUAUCGGUUUUGCACCUGGUUGAAGACUUGAAGCUAUCUCUACAAAUGGUGGAUAACCCAGUAGAAAGGGAAGCUUUGAGAAAUCAGAUUCCAAAUGCAACAGCAUCGUAUAUCAUUGAAUGGCUGGAGAGCAACGUGGUUAACCAUACUGCAGUCAACAAUGAAACCUACCAGGAACGACUGACACGGCUGGAAGGUGACAAAGAGUCUUUAAUUUUGCAGGUAAGCGUGUUGACUGACCAGGUGGAAGCCCAAGGUGACAAGAUUCGGGAUUUAGAAUCUAAUGUGGAAGAGCAUCAUUUGAAACUUAAUGCUACCGAAGAAAUGCUCCAACAGGAGCUUUUGAGCCGCACUUCACUGGAAACUCAGAAACUGGACCUGAUGGCUGAGAUUUCAGACCUGAAGAUUAAACUGGCAGGUUUAGAGAAAGACAAGAAUAGUUAUGAAGAAUCACACAAUAAAGCCGAGAAUUUGUUACAAGAGCUCAAAAACCUCAAAAUUAAAGUUGAAGAGUUGGAAAAUGAAAGGACACAGUAUGAAUGGAAACUGAAAGCCACAAAGGCUGAAAUAGCCCAACUUCAGGAGCAGCUGGCAUUAAAAGAUGCUGAAAUUGAGCGUUUACAAAGCCAAAUCUCUUCAAAGACCAUUGCCCAAAACGAAUCUUCAGAAAGAGAAGAAGUAUUUAAGAAAAGAAUAAAAGAGAAACAUCAAGAGGUUCAGAGGCUAAAGCUUGGAAUGGAAACUUUAUUAGCAGCCAAUGAAGAAAAGGACCUUCGAAUAGAGGAGCUAACAUUGCUGCUAAACCAGUUCCGAAGAGUUAAGAGUUUUGUAAUGGCAAAUCAUGGCUCUUCGGAAAGGAUUCUGUCUGCAAGUAGUGAAGAUGAAGUUGAGGCCACUCUGAGGAAAUUGAAUCCAAAGAAUAAUCAAACGUUAGAUCUACUUCAAUCGGAGGUAUUUUGUUCUAAAGAUCCAUUGCCCUCUGCGUCCUCUUCACCUACACAAAAUAACUUGGACUCAAGUGCAAGUAUGCCCAGAACUAGUGAUAAUGGUAGUCCAUCCUCCCCAGAAGAAACGUCUGAAAUUAGAACUAGACCUCAGCCGAAAAAGAUUUCAACUAGUUUAGAAGAUUUACAAAGUGAAUCCCUGGAAAAGCAUGUUGAUGUGGAAAACCCAGAGCCCAUUGUAACACCAGAGAAUAAACCCCAUGUAGAGGAUCAGAGGUACCAGACUUUGCCCGGGAAACUUUUUCGGACAGAUCACAAUGGGUCUCAUGACAUCUAUGGAAAACCUGGGUCGCAGAAUGUCCUUCAUGUCAACGGUGAAACCAAUGGCAUUCAAAACAUGUGUGAAACCGAGAACAAUCUGGAUUUUACUUUUAAUUCAAAUGAAUUUUCACAGUCUUCUGAACUAGACUCUAGUCCGCAUUCUCCACUGUCUCCUGAAGGAAAGAAAAGUCAAAAAGGCAUCAAAAAGUUUUGGGGAAAGAUAAAGAGAACCCCUUCUGGAAACUUCAAUGCUGAUGAUCUUGGAUUGUCUGAAUUUAAGAGAGGGGGCUUACGUGCGACAGCCGGAGCAAGACUCUCCAGAACAAAGGAUUCCAGAAGUAAAAAUAGUGAUCCUAACGCACCCUUUGCACAAUGGAGCAAUGAGCAGGUUUGUAACUGGCUCGAAGACUUUGGUUUGGCGCAGUAUGUCAUCUUUGCCAGACAAUGGGUGAACUCUGGUCAUACACUGUUAACAGCUACACCUCAAGCCCUGGAAAAGGAACUGGGGAUAAAACACCCACUACACAGGAAGAAGCUUCAACUAGCAUUGACUACAUUUAGCACCAAAAAGGAAGAGAAAUCUGCACAACUAAAUCACACGUGGGUGACUCGAUGGCUAGAUGAUAUUGGUCUACCUCAAUACAAAGAUCAGUUUCACGAAUCCCGAGUUGAUGGAAGAGUGCUUCAAUACUUGACUGUGAAUGACCUAUUGUUCCUGAAAGUCACCAGCCAGCUUCACCAUCUAAGCAUUAAAUGUGCCAUCCAUGUUCUACAUGCCAACAUGUUCCACCCGCACUGCUUGCGGAGACGGCCAGCAGAUGAGAAUAAUAUUUCCCCUUCUGAAGUUGUCCAGUGGUCCAACCACCGAGUCAUGGAAUGGCUGAGAUCUGUUGAUCUGGCAGAGUACGCUCCAAACCUCCGCGGCAGUGGUGUCCAUGGUGGUCUUAUUAUACUUGAACCUCGAUUUAAUGCGGACACCCUAGCCAUGCUCUUAAACAUUCCACCUCAAAAGACACUACUAAGGAGACACUUGGCAACAAAUUUCAACUUGUUAAUAGGCCCAGAUGCCCAACAGGAAAAAAGAGAAAUAAUGGAAGCUACAACAUACACACCUCUGUCCAUCACUGCCAAAGUCCGGCCAAAGAAACUCGGCCUCUCCCAUUUUGGCCACCUUCGGAAGAAGAAGUUUGAUGAUUCCACAGACUAUGUAUGCCCCGUGGACUCAAGUAACGGUACUCAGAAGUGCUAUGGUGAUUACAAAGUCCCGAGCACCACACCUACCAAAGACAUGGACAAAGUGGAGCAGGUGGGCAGAUUAAUCUGAUGGUGGCAUCUGCACCCAGCAUCAUCAUCCAUUGCCAUCAUCUCUGUUAAAGCUUGCAAAUAACCAUGCAUCUCCAUAUAACCCAUCUUACCUGCAUCAUCAACAGCAUGUCUUCAUCAUGGACUGGUUUGCGUUUUAUUUUACUGAAAAAAAAAAUUAUAUAUAUAUAUAUAUAUAAACAGACAACGAGAUUAUUUUUGUACCAAAUGAAGCAUGUCCGGAUACUGCUGCUGACUGAAAUGAGGAAAUUAGUAAGAAUGAGAUUUUAUACAACAAAAUACUACAUUUUCUGAAACUAAAUAUACCUUUUUAACUUAACCGGAAUAUUUAUACACCUAGGAAUAAAAAAUAGUGUAAAUAUUCGUGCAUUGCAUAUUUUAUAUUUUUUAUUUUUGCACAUGGACUGUAAACGCUGGGCUAUUACGAAACAGUGCAAUUUUAAUGAGGCCGGGAUGGAUAUGUUACAUGUAAACAGGGAACAAGCCCAUUAACUCUUUAAUGUCCAUAUAGCCUUCAUUUAAAUCUAAUAAAUUAAAGAAAUUGAAAACGAAAAGUAAA